GCCCCUGCCAGCUCCUCCCAUAAGGACUGCGCUGGGGGAGCAAGCUGCAGAGAAAGCUGCUCCCCUCUGGCUCUGAAAGUGUCAGGGCCUAAGGCCAGAACCCAGAGGCGACCCACAGCCCCCCAGACUUCGCCGCCCUUUCUUUUUCUGCUCAAAUAGGCGUCCGCGCUCCCAGUGGGUCCGGAGACCGGGGCGCAGUGGCUGACCGCCCGGUGUACGCCAGCAUCACUCACCUCUGACUCCUCUUCGCUCCUCGCCCAGCCCCGCUCCGCCAAGCACUCCCAUCUGAGACGGGAUUUGGACCCUCUCGGCCCUGCGGAAUUCGGAAUUCCAUUACCCCACCCACCGCAUGUGGCUCUUGGAAAAAGCUGGCUAUAAGGUGGGGGCCGCGGAGCCCGCGGCCCGUUGGGCGCCUUCCGGCCUGUUCUCCAAGCGUCGCGCCCCAGGCCCGCCCAGGAGCGCCUGCCCUAACGUCCUCACCCCGGAUCGCAUCCCGCAGUUCUUCAUCCCGCCCCGGCUCCCGGACCCGGGCGGCACAGAGCCCGCGGCCCGGCGGGACGUGGCGGGGCGCGGCCUCCCCGCGACCUGCUCGCUGCCUCACCUGGCGGGCCGCGAAGGCUGGGCCUUCCUGCCCGAGAGCCCGCACACGCGCCGGCGGGAAUCCCUAUUCCACGGGCCGCCACCCGCCCCGGCCGGGGGACUCCCCGCGGCGCAGUCCCGGCUGCACGUCUCCGCCCCGGACCUGCGCCUCUGCCGGGCCCCCGACAGCGACACGGCCUCGUCGCCGGACUCGUCGCCCUUCGGCUCCCCGCGGCCGGGCCUGGGCCGGCGCCGGGUGUCCAGGCCGCACUCUCUGUCCCCAGAAAAGGCGAGCUCGGCCGAUACCAGCCCGCAUCCGCCGCGCCGCGCCGGGCCGCCCACGCCGCCGCUCUUCCACCUGGACUUCCUGUGCUGCCAGCUGCGGCCCACGCGCGAGAGCGUGCUGCGCCUGGGGCCCCGCGGCGGGCAGCUGCGGCUCUCCACCGAAUAUCAGGCCGGGCCCGGGCGGCUGCGGCUGCGCCUAGUGAGCGCCGAGGGCCUGCCCCGGCCGCGGUCCCGCCCCGGGAGCGGCGGCGGCGGCUGCUGUGUGGUGCUGAGGCUGCGGCCCCGCGUCCGGCCGCGGGAGCAGCAGAGCCGCGUGGUCAAGUGCAGCGCCAACCCCAUCUUCAACGAGGAUUUCUUUUUCGACGGGCUCGGCCCGCCGGACCUGGCCGCCCGCAGCCUGAGGGCCAAGGUGCUAGACAGGGGCGCGGGACUUCGCAGAGAUGUGCUGCUGGGGGAGUGCGAGACGCCCCUCAUUGCGCUGCUGCCCCCGCUGGGUGGGGGACUAGGUCCCGGGUCAUCCCUGGCGCCCACCCAUCUCAGCCUGUAAACUGAGCCCCUGGCUUCCUCAGGACGUCUCCACUGUGUCUGCAGUCCACAUUCUUUCCACCCUGCCCGGCUUGUAUUUAUUUUUGCUAAUAAAAUAUCCGCUUGUCCUUA